GCCUCAUUGCUCUCAGUCUCUCUUCAGCGUGUGACAGAACAGCUUUCCUCACUCUUGCGCGCAGGCACUCAGUACACAACAAACACACACUCGCUUUUUUGCCUUCGGGGGGGGGCAUCAAGCCCCUCAGACAAAUUGGGACCAUGCUGCCCUGGAAAAGGAGCAAGUUUGUGCUGGUGGAGGAUGAUUCCAAGAGCAAAGCAAAGAGCCUGAGUGCUGGACUCACCUACCACUCACUGCUGUCCUCGCUGCUGAGGUCGUGCCCUGACCUAGUGCCUGAGUGCCCCUUCCACUGGCUCGCCGGGGUUUUCCACAGCAAGCGCCAGAAAGUGGAGCUAAACAAGGAGGAGCCCAUAUACAGCGUCCGCUACCUGGGAAGUGUAGUGACUGUAGUGGCGAAGGGUGAGGGCUGCACGCAUGAUGCUGUCGCCAAGAUCUGGGCGUCCAGCAACUACGGUGAGCAGAGUGCCAAGAUGAAGCUGAGUGUAGGGCCAUACGGAAUACGCAUGGGUUGCCGCAGGAAACCCCCACACCUCUACACCCUUAACCGUAUCACCUACUGCACAACAGACCCCUACCGGCCCAAGAUCUUGGCCUGGAUCUACCGGCACCAGGUCAAGCACAAGGCAGUGGUUCUGCGUUGCCAUGCUGUACUUUUGGCCAAGGCGGACAAAGCUAAUGCUAUUGCUCUCAGCCUGUACCAGAACUCUAUUUCAGCCUUCAGUGAGUUUAAGAGGCUCAAACGCCAGAGUGAUUUCCGGCAUCGCAAGCAGGAGCUGCUGGGAGAGGAUAUCAUGCCACUCAUGCCCCUACGGAAGCUGCUGAAUGGACAGUGUCACUAUCAGCCACCAGUAGACAGGCCUGGCAAUUCCAACCGCCUGUUCUCCAUCACCGAGGAGGAUGAGGAGGAGGAAGAGGAGGUGGAAGAGCAGGCAGACAAUAAAGAUGAUAAAGCAUCAAAUACUGAUCCACCAAAUUCCGAGCCAGAGGAACCCCCUGAGAGAGAGCUGGGAUACAUAGUUCACGGACUAGACGGGUUUUCAAUCACCAUCAGAGACGAGGUGCACAUGACUCUCAGCACACUUGUGUGACCGCACAUGGAUAUUGGAUGGUGUGCACUUCUUUCUUCCUUUGCCCAUUCUCCUCUUUCCUCUCUGUCCACUUCAGAAGAGCGCUCUCUCCUCAGAGCACACCGAUUCCUGCAGAGCGUGAUCUGGUCCACCAUCAGCAAGUUUUAAUGCUGAGUUGCUGCUGGCUCGCCUUGUGAGCACUUUCUAUAUGGGUGUCUAAUAAAGUGGAACUUUGUGAAUAAACACAAAAGCACAAUGAGAGAGCGUCACACUGCAAAGCAAGCCAGGGAGGAUGAACACUGAGGGAGCUCAGUCCUUGGGCUACAAACCAAACAAGGACAAAACAGAGACCUUCGAUGAGCCUUUGUGUUCUUUUCAUGUGAUUGCAUGAAAAUACAUACUUUUCUCAGAUUUUACUGGAUAAUUUUGGAAAUAUAUUAUUUGUGUAAUAUGUACAUUUUUCUACGUACAGUAACCAUCUCCCUCUUCUAUGUAUCUUUCCUUUCUGGCCAAAACCUCUGUGACAGCAUUCAGCCUCUACACCAAGGCAGAAGCACUAAUGAAUUAAUCCAUGAUUUAGGAUAUCAGCCAUUGAAUUGACGGGUUUACAGCUGCCACACAUUACAGCCCCAGAAUCAUUUACCGUAUGACCAGUGGAGACGUCGGCCAUGGCAUUUAAGGCAGGAUGUUUUAAAUGUUUGCAGUUUUACCGUCCCUGGUUUGCACUGUGACAUGUCUGGGACCAAUAUGAGGAAAAAUAUGAAUAUAGUCUAUGCUUCUUUCUACAUGAUACACAUUUCGAUAUCAGCUUGAUCUGGUAAAAAGGUAAAUAAGCUUUACUGCUUUAAGAGGUAAUGCAUUGUUCAAAAUCGUAUGCCUAUAAACACUGUCUCAUAUUCGUAGACAUGUUUUUAUCUAAUAGUUGCUUUGUGAUAAUAAUAGUGUACUAGACAUUUCACAAGCUGUCAUUCCAAUUGCACUAAUUACCAUAAAAUUAUAAUAAAAUGUUGGGAAAAAAAACAUUUCUAG